GGACAAGGAGGUCUUUAUCACAAUUUAUAUGUUUUUUUAUAUCGGGUCGGAAUUACUACUGCGCUAAGCUCUUAAUGAUUUCGUCUCAGAAGAAUGUUCAGUUCACGAUUAUUCGCUCAUCAUGAAGGAACAGUGGAGAACUAGUAAAAAUAACAAAGAACUCGUACUUUUGGAGGAAGGUUUAUAUCAGGAGAAAAACAAAUGCAUAAAAGAAAUCGAACGUAAAGCUAGCUGUUGCACGCGAUGCAUACCGUAUCUAAGAUUGAUAUUUUUAUUACAAGUAAUGUUAUUCUUUGGAUGGGGCUGUUACAUGGUUUUCAACAUUUAUUUUCCUCAAGUAACGGAAAAUGAGACUACAGACAUCGUUCUUGAAACAUACUCACCAAUUAGUGAAUCUCUGUCUGAAAUACAGAAGUCACGUCCAAGUAACGAAAUGCCCGCAAUAUUUGUCAAGCCUAAGGUCAUUGUAGAUAAGAUAAAUAAUCUUCUAGAGAAUAUAAAACUUACAAAAGAAGAAAAUUUAAUGCAAAACGAGGCAAUUGUAACAAAUGUAGCUGAAAUGGAACAAACAAAUAUGCAAAAAUCUAGUAACGUGCAAAAUAACAAUAUAGGAAUAAGUAAUAUCAAUAGAUUUUUGUUGCCGACACUAUCAUCUGAAAAUUUACAAUUUUUGGGGAAACUAUUAACCGUAAAUAAAAUAGGAACUAAUUUAGAUUUAGAAAAUGAUUUUACUGAAGACGUUGAUCAUUUGACAUUAAAAAGUGAAGGAAAUUACGCAUUCAAUGUGCCCUAUAAACCCAAAAGUUUAGAAUUUGAUGUCGCAGCAGUCAUAAAUACUGACAAUUUCGUAGAUCAUAUGAUUAAUGCAGAUCUGACAAAUACCUUGAAUCAUAUGAUUAUUGUGGAUCUGAAACAGGAAUUUUCCGAUUCAAUCAAAGACGCGGCACAAGAUAAUCGCAAUGAAAACAGUUCCUUUGAAGAAACUGACGAGCCAGCAAAUGUACGACAAGAACUGGAUCUUGUCAUUUGUCCACCUCACGAUUCUCAUGAAUCUUCUGAUGCGUCAAUAACAGACUCGGUCAAAGAUUUCUCUGCUUCUCAACCCGUAUUAGUAGUAUAUUCAAAACAAAUGGAAAAUAAAUUAAAUGACAAUAUUGAUGAAAGCAACGAAGAUAAACAAGACGUAAAUGAUAACAAUAUGAUGAUGUUAGCAUCCGUGUUUGGAAAUGAAGAUUAUUUGGAUGUAUCGACAGUGCAAAAUACAGAAGAGCAACAUUCGUUGGAGAGUAUCGAAGAGAGAAGAAAAGAUGAGGAGUACGAAUUAUUGGACUCGUUUAUGCAACCAAAAGUGCAAGAUAGCAAAGAAUCUUUAACGCCAACAGCUGACGAAUUCCAAUGGUUUAAUAUGCCUCCUCGCUUUACAGAUUUUGAAGAUAUAUCAAGCUUGGUACCUCAAGAUAUAUCAAGUGAUCCCAAAAUACAUAGUUUCUCCUGGGAUACGUAUGAGAAGAUGGAUAUUGAUGACGUUACUCCAGAAAGUCACUGCGAGAUAACAAUUAACAUGGGUAUUCUUAAGGUACAAUGUCCCGCUAUUAAGUUCGAUGAAAAGUGGAAUCUUACUUCUCCCGAGAUACCUUCAAUCGAUGUUUCAAAAUUUAUUAAUUUGAAAGAUCUUCUCGAUGAUUACUUACCUCCUGAAUGUGACGAAGAUGCAAGUGAGCAAUUGGGAGUUGAAAAUAUUUCUAAUGAUAAUUCUGAUAACGAAGUUACAACGUCGCCGCAUAGUACACCUGGCGUAAUCAAGUCUGAUUUACAAGAAAGCACUACAAGUAUGAAAUUUUUGAAUGAUGCGUUAUUGGAUUCAUCUGAGGCAGCAUUUAUAGAUCCUUUCGAUAGCAGAGAAAUCAAUCAUGAUUAUUCAUUUUACGAUUUAUUUUACGAUUUAAAUGAGGAGGAAGUGACACAAGUAACAACAUUAUCUUCUUCUACUUCAGAACUCGAUUCCAGUACUGUUGAUUCAAAUAAAGAACCGAAUCUAUUUUUCGAUAAUUCAAACACACAACAGGAACAGCAAAAAAUCAGCAAAGAGCAAGAUUCUUCAGUUUCUGAUAAUAUUGAACUUACUUUGAAAAAUUUCGAGCAUUUUUAUGCUUUGGAAAAGAAGCUAAUUUCUCAAUUUAAAAAUGAAAUGUCAAAUAUCUUGCAAAAUCUACCAAAAAAUAACAAUAACCGGCACAAUGUUUGUAAUAUAUUACGCGACAUACGUAAUUCCAUAUCGCAACGCCCAUUGUUUGGACAAUAUGUUAUUUUAAAGUUCUUGGAAUUUAUACAAAAUCCACCAUUCGAUUAUCCACACGACAUGGACGAUUAUUAUCGAAAGAAACGAAUGGUUGAUGAUCUAACAUGGCAACAAGAUCCAGUAUCAAAUCAGUUAGAAGAAAAUAGUGAAAACGUGGAUUUAUUAGAAAAUUUGAGAAAAAUUUUCCAUAAAAUAAAAAUUCUUGCUCUCUCUAUCGACAGACUUCAAGAACGAUAUCUUGUUCGUAAUAAACUUGAAGAUUACGCAUCGAGUGAAUUUCCAAAUGAAACUGAGGAACGCCAAGAAUUGUAUGUAUCAAAAAUUGUAUAACAAGUAAUAGUAAGCGGAAAAACAUGCAAACUUUUGUUUGUUUUUGUAUAGUGUUAUUCUUUCUCUCUCUCUCUCUCUCUCUCUCUCUCUCUCUCUCUCUCUCUGUUAAUUUGAUACUUUGUGUGAAUGUUAAAUAAAUGAUUUAUUAAAAUGCUAUAAAAGUUAUUUAUGAUUACUGAUUAUCACGUAUUAUAAGAACCUUUAUCAUAAUUAAAACAAAUAUUAAUAUAACAGCGUUUGCAUAAAGCUCAUUAUAAUUGUUUCUAUCGCAAUGCGUUAACGAUAUACUUAAUAUGUAUUGUAGUCAUAAAAUUUGUUCGUAAAAGUACUUGACAAAAACAUGCUAUGGAAUAAUUAAUGCAUUGCUCAUAUGCCUGCGCAUAGACCUUGAACUUAUUCAUGCUAAUUUCUUACGAUUUUAUACGUAGCUGCGUUAAUGCGAUAACGAUCCAUGCGUUAGUUGAGUGACGAUUGCAAUUGGUUGUCCGGUGAUUACAGAAUUGGAAAAGUAGGCCAGCAGGCUUGUAUAUCUUUAAAAUAGGUUCUUGAUUAUACUGAAAGUGCACGACCUUUGGUUAUUGUUUUCACUUUAAGAUAAAUUUUAAAUUGAUGUUGUAUUUACUAUUUAAAAGUGUUUGUGCACAUAAAUAAAGUCACGAAAUUUCCAUUUAUCUUAUUAAUUCGAGUGUACUGUAAUAUUAACCUUUUGAUGUUAAUAAAUUCAAUGUGUUAGUGCAAUUAGUCAUUAAAAGCAUAUAUAAAAUAUAUAUUUUAUCAAUUGCACUUUAUAAAUUGCAUGAAAAAAAAUUAACAAUUUAUUCAUAGCAAUUUCAAUAUUCUAAUUAAUCGGAAGAACGCUGCAAGUAUUGGGAAAUACUCAAAGUUACGUAAAUGGAACUUUUAAUAAAAUAUGAUUGCCGAUCUUA